UCCAAAUUGACACGCGCGACUCUGAGAGAUAUAGCAGCAUCCAAGGGAGCGCAUGCAUUCAUUUCGACACCGAGCCGCAGCUGCGCGGUUCCCACAUCUAAGGUGAACUAUCACGUGCCAUCCAGGCACGCUUUCCACGGAUACUGGCGGAUCUUUGCCGGAGAAGAGGCGGAGACGCAAUGUUUCUUAAAGUGGCCGUAGCGCUGCUGGUUCUCUCCGUACUGGAGCAAGUGGUGGGCUCGGAUAAUAUCGAUAUUUACGACACCCCGCCGGAGAAACCUGCCAUCCCCAAAGGACGCCUCUCCUUGCAAAAUACAGCUGAGAUCCAGCACUGUUUGGUGGGCGCAGGCGACGUCGGCUGCGGCGUGUUUGAAUGCUUUGAGAAUAACUCCUGCGAGAUACGAGGGCUGCAGGAGAUCUGCAUGACGUUCCUGCAUAAUGCUGGAAAAUUUGACUCUCAGGGUAAAUCCUUCAUCAAGGAUGCUCUGAAAUGUAUGGCCCACGGUCUUCGCCACAAGUUUAGCUGCAUUAGUAGAAAGUGUGUUUCCAUUAAGGAGAUGGUGUUCCAGCUGCAAAGGGAGUGUUAUGUCAAACACAAUCUGUGCUCCGCUGCUAAAGAGAAUGUGGCCGUCAUGGUGGAGAUGAUCCAUUUCCAAGAUCUGUUUCCCAAAGGUCCUUAUGUGGAGCUGGUGAAUAUUCUACUGGGUUGCGGAGAGGAAGUGAAGGAGGCGUUAACUCGUAGUGUCCGGCUUCAGUGUGAGCAGAACUGGGGAGCUUUGUGCGACAGCCUCAGCCUCUGCUCCUCCCUGACGCCCUCGCCCUCAGCUGCCGAGCAACGCCGCCCCUCGCCAUCCCACCCACAGCUUGAGCACCCUCGCCACGCACGCCACGGCGACAGGGACAAAGCCAGCAAGGCUGGGUUCCACACCCACCCUCGCGGUCGCAAUCAGGGACUGCGCCGCCAGGGUUCAGAUGUUGGUGUUGCAGUAGAGCAGGAAGACCCAGAGGCAAGUGACAUUAGGAGGUGAAAAUAUGUGGGAGAUUACAACACUGAUAACCCUUAUCACCAUCUAAUAGCACACUUGGACAUUGACACACACACACACACGCACACACACACACACACACACACACUGAGCAGAGGGAAACAAAUCCUUUUUCUAUGUUUAUUUUUUUCACCUUCUCCAGUCAUUCCAGCAGUCCCACGUGGUAAACUUGCAGGGCAAUUGUGGCAUAGCAUGUAUUGUUACUAGGGGUGUAAAUCGCAGGUUUUGUCACGAUACGAUAUCGAUACAAAGAGCUACGAUACGAUAUUUGCCGAUAUCUUAAAGCCUGCUGCGAUUCAUUCACGAUAUAUCACGAUAUAGUGCUCUACGAUCGAUAUAUGUAUAUUUUUUUUUACUAAAAAAUAUACCGUUUUUUUCCGUGUAUAGUGCGCAAAAUUUAACUAAUUUAUUGUCCUAAAAUCUGGGGUGCGCAUUAUACAUGGGUACAAAAAAAAAAAUUUAAUUUUUUUUUAAAUUUUUUUUUUUUUUUAAGUCCCAAUGAUCGUCACACACGCAGGGAGGCAAUGGGUCCCAUUUUUAUAGUCUUUGGUAUGGUCUUAACUAGGCUGGAUGUAAUUUUUUUUUGUUGGCGUUGAUUUCUCCGACUGCCCGUAAACGCACCACCGCGCACGGGAAAGACGCGGCUCUGUAUGGGAGAGACGUUGAAGAGGAAUAAAAACACCCUUGGAAACCAAAACUUGCCCCUCGUCGUGACUCAGAGCCGCAACAAAUGUUUCGGAUUUGUGUAGGGUACAUUGUGAGACAGCAAACGAGCAGGUGAUCGAGCAAGCCUUGUCUGAUACGAGAGCAUUGCGGUCGCAUGGAGCGUGUUUGAAGUGAACAGCAGAGAAGAAAGGAACAAGCCUAGUUAAGACCAUACCAAAGACUAUAAAAAUGGGACCCAUUGCCUCCCUGCGUGUGUGACGAUCAUUGGGACUUAAAAAAAAAAAAAAAAAAAAAUUAAAUUUUUUUUAAAAAAUUCAUAAAAAUUGGGUGCGAAUUAUACAUGGGUACAAGCUUUUUUCCAGCAUCAGCAUGCCAUUUUUAGGGGUGCGUACUAUACAUGGGGGCGCACUAUACACGGAAAAAAACGGUAGAACAAUAUCCUGAUUUAUAACAAUUCAUACGCAAAAUCAACAAGGUACUGCAAACUCUUUAUUUAGGAAAUUACAAGAGUAUUGUAGUAUACAAAGUGCUUAUUUUAACACUGAACUUUGAUGUCGUGUAUUUUCUUUAAAUGUGCGGCGAGAUUUGUGGUCCUUGAAUAUUUGAUCACCGCAUGGCAGGAUUUACAAACUGCGCGUGUUUUGUCCGUUGAGCCAUCUUUUCUUUGGAAUCCAAAGUGCUUCCAAACGAAUGACUUGAAGCCUAAAGGGGAGCCAAUUUCCUCAUCUUUUUGGACACUAGCCAUAGCACCAGCCCAGGAGCCGCGUACUAGUUGUUGACUCCCCUUUCACGUGCCUGCUCUGCUCACAACACAACAACGCCGCGCAUCGCUCCCGGAAAGAGGAAGCAAGUAACAAUGAACUGGAUUUCAAAAUAGAGUUGCGUCUAAUGUCUGAGGUCAAACACGGCGAUAUAAAUCGAUGUUUACGUUUAGCAUCGAUCCCAAUAAAUCGUAGAGCAUUAUAUCGAUUAAUCGAUGAAUCGUUACAACCCUAAUUGUUACGCCUGACUGUAGGCCACUUGGGUUUUUGUUUUUCUAACAAAUGAUGGUUGUCAUUAUUAUGAUUAUUUCUAUUUUUAGGACUGUUUUUGCUCUAAUCUAGCAUUUCUUUAAUCCUACUUAAUGUCAGAUUUGACUCUUUGUAUUAUUUAUUUUCUUCUUUAUGCAAUGUUGAAAUAUACAAAUGUAAAUAGGUGGGAAAAGUUAUCUAUAUUUAUAUGAACAUGUAUAAAUAUAGUAAAAUCUAGACGUUAGAGGUAAUAUACAGUGUUUUCCUUACAGUAUUGCACCUAUCUCACAUUGUUCUGUAGAUAUGUAACAUAUACAGUCUUGUUUGCAAGUGGAAAUGUGUCUUGUAAUUGUAUAGCUACUUGAUAGUGGAAUACCAAUUGUACAUGUUUGAAGUCCACUUCUGGCACAUAUUAAUCAUUGCGCAUCGACACCAACAGAAAAGUAAAAUUAGAAAACGACCAAACAAUUAAUUGAUUCCGCAUCAGGUAAAACUUCAAAUUGUUGAAAAAAUUAACUCCCUGCAGACAUGAGUAAUUAACUUGGAUUUUCUUUUUUAUUUCUAUGCAGAAAAAAGUCAGAUCAUUCAUUGAACAGAACAGACAGAUGUUACUUUUAAGCUGUUCUUGAGCACCGGCAAACGUUUCACCAUUCUCUUCAUCCUUCUUUUUCAUGUAGCCAUCCGCACGAGUUACAUCUCACAGGUGAACUAUUAGGCAACGAAAGGGCGUUCUAUUAAAAAAAGUGGGGUAAUUGAGUGUUCUGUCUUUAUGAUUUUGAGCGACAAAUGUCUUUGUUGUUGUACUUUCGUUAGCUUUUGUUGGACUGCUGAAAGUCUAAGACAGGGGUCCCCAAACUUUUUCCUGUGAGGGCCACAUAACCUUUCCCUUCUCUGAUGGGGGGCCGGUGUCUGUUUGUAACAGAAAAAGUGUGACGAUCGUAGGGGAGCUUAAAAAAUGUAUUGUUUUCCAGAAAGCCACACAUAACCAAAUAACGGUUAUAUAAUAACCCUUUCCAGGUUCUUUACAGAAAAAAAGUCAGGAAACAAAUAAUAACACUAUAAAUGAAAUAAAUAAUAACUAAAUAACCCUCUCUGAGUUCUUCACAGAAAAAACAGGAAAUAAAUAAUAACUAAAUAACUCUCUCUGGGUUCUUCAUAGAAAAAAAAACAUGGAACAUUAAUUUUCUGUUGUGCCAUGCACAAUCUUAACAGAUAAAAGUUCAGCUCAGGUGUCAGAGCAGAAUCUCUCUGACGUAUAUGAGCAGUCUCUUAAAGUUCUUGUGUUCCUUCCUUAUAAUCCUUUUGUAAAUUCCAGUAGGCUUGUAGACACCGCUGUCUUUUUUGUUAAAGUUUGCUAGUGCGUCAUAGUCUUGAGUAAAAUUUGUUGUGGCAAUUCUUAGGCGAGAUCCGAGGUGUUGGUCCGUUUACCUCGAUCUGUGACGGGUUGAUGUUGACGUUCAUGUGGCUGAACGUCACGUCGCGUACGUCGAGCCAAAUUGGCCACUCUCUUUUAAACGCUCGCCACUGUGUCCACCUUGCUUUUCCUUGGGCGACUCAUUUUAAUGGAAGGAUUCCAGGGAAAGGUUUGUGGGUGGCUUUAGCGCAAAACUGCGUCUGAAAGCUCAGCGCGCGAAUUACAAGAAUGCUGUCGUCACAGCCCACGCUCUAAAUUCGGGACUGAUACAAAUAGAGCGCGAGUGCGCCAUGUCCAUACACGCACUUGUGAGUGUGCACCGAGCUUUCUAACACGGCUUCCGGUAGUAAAUGCGCAGGCGAGCGCUUCCCCAUCUACUGGGGAAACGCAGUCAUUGCAGGCAAAAUGACCCAAAAAAAAGUUUAAUAAUACAAUUUGUUCAGGGUUGGCGGGCCGGAUUAAACGGUCCCGUGGGCCGUAUCCGGCCCGCGGGCCGUAGUUUGGUGACCCCUGGUCUAAGAGAACAAACCAUGUGACCCACCAUCAACCCUCUCAACAAUCUACUACUUAAUUCGACCAAGCAUCAUCUAUCACCAAGUCCUGUAUGUGUGCUCAUUGAUCUGGGCUGGAUUGAGCCAUGUCACCCAUUGCUGUGCCCCCCCCCCCCACACACACACACACACACACACACCUUGCAUACACCCUUGAAAGUAGUCCCCCUCUGCAGCAAUGUGGGGGCCUGUUAUUCAGUCUGUUUAAGAUGCAGGCAAUACAUCAAGGACCCAGGAAUAGGGUUACAUCCACACAUGGGAUAUGUUAUUAUAAAUGUUAUAUUUACAGAGGCCACCAGAGCAUUCCUCUGGGCCUCAUCCAAGAGCCAGCAACUCCAGGAGGCAAGCCUGUGUAGGAAGGAGCCGAUAAAAACCUUCUCUCAGACACAGGCUGCUGACCUUUUAAGGCCAGCCAUGCUUUUGCAGUAGAAAUCAAGUUCAGAAGCAUGUCAUAAAUCACUUCCAAUGGCAAUGUACAAUCAAUACAAUUUCACUUUUCAUUUUGUUAGCUGUAAUGUAAAACCCUGUAAUUUAGAAAUCAAUACAAACUCCAUUUUUAAAAGUUUUUCCCCCCCUCCAUUCUGUUAGAGGUUGGCGACCUAACGAGACCUAAGCUAUUUUUAUUGACUAUGUACUGUAUAUGUGUAACAUGACAUUCUCUGUAAUAUAGAGGCUUUUCUUUAUAUAUUUAUAUGUACAUGUAUGUAUGAAUGGUUGGAGAACAAUAAACUAACCUGUUCCUUUUA